UUGCAGGGCCUGUCAGGCUGGGAUAGACCAGGUCAUUGAAGGGAAGCCCUGAGAAAGUGCAGGUCUAUUCAUAAUGGAAUGUGAAACACCUAUUGAGGGAGAAGACAAGAGCGCGAUCAAGACUGAUGCCACUGUUCCUCAAAGCAGGCAGAACCUUUUGAAAUGGAAUGGUUGGGGAUAUAAGGAUUCCUUUUUCUACCGAGCAGAUGAUGUUGCAGCCUUCUCAGGUAACAGGUAUCCUUUAAGUGGUCAUCACCUUCCUGGGUUUUUCCAAUGGGCCAAGGAUGUGCUGAAUGUUGAUUUGAGCAUUACAGUCCCCAAAAAAGAGGCACUCAGGGAAGAUGAAGUUCCAAAACCCAUCAUCAAUGAAGACUUCAUGAAUAACAUCAAAGAAGCCAAAAUUAUGCAUUCUCUAGCGCCUGAUGAUCGUGUCUUCCGAGCUCAUGGUCACACUGUACGAGAGAUUCAUACUCUUCGCACAUCCAUGUUUCCUAGAAUCCCUGAUAUUGUCCUAUGGCCAAAGAACCAUGAUGAAGUGGUGAAAGUAGUAUCUCUGGCUAACCGCUUGAAUGUCGUCAUCAUUCCAUUUGGUGGGGGGACUAAUGUCACUGGAGCCCUGGAAUGUCCUGAGCAUGAACAACGCUGCAUUGCCUCUCUUGAUACUUCCCAGAUGAAUAGGAUUUUGUGGAUUGAUGAGGAGAACCUUUUAUGUCGCUGUGAAGCUGGGAUCAUUGGUCAAGAUUUGGAAAGAAGCCUCCAAAAGAAGGGAUUCACUGUUGGUCAUGAGCCUGACUCCAUUGAGUUUUCUAGUUUGGGAGGAUGGGUUGCUACAAGGGCAUCAGGAAUGAAGAAGAGUAUAUAUGGGAAUAUUGAGGAUCUCUUGGUCCAUGUGACACUGGUGACCUCUCUGGGAGUGAUCCAGCGAGGGUAUCAAGUGCCUCGAGUGUCCUCAGGGCCAGACCUCCACGAACUCAUCAUUGGGUCUGAAGGGUUGCUGGGAGUCAUCACUGAAGUCAGUCUUAAAAUCCGUCCCUUACCAGAAUGCCAGAAGCAUGGCUCUCUUGUCUUCCCUGACUUUGACAGUGGAGUGCUCUGUUUACGUGAAGUUGCUAGGAGGAGACUGAAGCCAGCUUCCAUCCGCCUCAUGGAUAAUGAUCAGUUCAAGUUUGGUCAUGCGCUGAAAGUUCCUGGGGGAUACUUUGGUUCUUUUAAAGAAACCAUGCAAAAGCUUUAUCUCACAAAGCUGAAGGGCUUCGAUUUGAACAAACUAUCUGUGGCUACUCUCCUCUUUGAGGGAACAAGAAAAGAAGUCAAUGAUUUGGAGAAAGAGAUCAAUGAAAUUGCAGCCAAGUUCAAUGGCAUACCAGCUGGAGAAGAGAAUGGAAAGAGGGGUUACCUCCUUACCUUUGUCAUUGCAUACAUAAGGGAUUUUGGCAUGGAUUACCACAAUCUUGCAGAGUCAUUUGAGACUUCUGUCCCAUGGUCCAAAGUCUCCAGCUUGUGCCGGAAUGUCAAACUCUGCAUCCAGAGAGAGUGUGCAGCUCGCAACAUCAAAUAUUACUAUAUCACAUGUCGAGUGACACAAAGCUAUGAUGCUGGAGCAUGCAUCUACUUCUACCUGUCCUUCAACUAUGCAAGUCUUACUCUCACUGAUCCAAUGGCCAUUUAUGAGGAAUUAGAGGCAAAAGCAAGAGAUGAGAUUCUGCGUUCCGGUGGAAGCAUCUCCCAUCAUCAUGGUGUUGGGAAAAUCAGACAGAAAUGGAUGCCACACUCUGUCUCUCCUUUAGGACUCACCACUCUUCAAGCAAUCAAGAAGCAUCUGGAUCCUAAGGAUAUUUUUGCAUGUGGGAACCUCAUCCCACCAACUCAUUCUAAGCUAUGACUGACUGAUUCAUGGACUUGCCAAUCAUUCCUUGUUCAUUCACUCAUGGAUAACAGCUGGUGUUCCAGGCAUCUUACUAUAAUGGCUGAAAUGAUUUAGGUGGUUAUGUUCCUUGUCCAGCUGGUAUCCAAUUGCAUUUAUCUUCAUGGGAUUUCUUUAUUAUGGGUUUCUUCAAUCAAAAUUAUUAUUGAGUUUUAUUAUGCUGUAUUUUUUUUUACCAUUUUUGUUACCAUUAUCAUCUUUACUUGGUAUAUGACAACUUUUUUACAUUUUCUUUAUAUGUUCUCAUGUCUUCCAGAUCAUCUAGUGCAUCUAACAUGUGCCAAUUUUCAUGCCUUCAAGAGUCUUCACUUAAGUUUGGUGACCAUUUUCCCUUCUAUCACAAUCAUUGUUUUUAUUGCAUUUAAAAGUUCUCCUUUCAUGUGCCAUUAUCUAGUCACUUUUUCAAUACCUUUGGUGCCAUGCAAUGAUGCUCCUGUUCACAGUUUGACUGCUUUUGAUAAUACAUUUCAUCAUGCC